GACGUCGGCGGCCUUUUCGAGAGUGGAAGGUCCUGUGGCGCCAGGAUGAAUGCCCCUCCAGCCUUCGAGUCGUUCUUGCUCUUCGAGGGCGAGAAGAAGAUCACCAUUAACAAGGACACCAAGGUACCCAAUGCCUGUUUGUUCACCAUCAACAAAGAAGACCACACCCUUGGGAACAUCAUUAAAUCGCAGCUGCUGAAGGACCCACAGGUGCUGUUUGCUGGCUACAAAGUCCCCCAUCCCUUGGAGCACAAGAUCAUCAUCCGUGUGCAGACCACCCCAGACUAUAGCCCCCAGGAGGCCUUCACCAAUGCCAUCACUGACCUCAUCAGCGAGCUUUCCCUGCUGGAGGAGCGGUUCCGGGUGGCCAUCAAAGACAAACAAGAAGGGAUUGAGUAGGUGGCUAAAGUUUCGUGUGGCCUGGGAGCCCAGUCCCUGCCCCUACCAGACCCUUGCUCUAGGCACCAUGCAGAGGACAGCAGCCAGGCCCAGCCGUGAACCCAGCCCUGACGGGUCCUGUUUCUACUCCAGUGGGGCAUGAAGUAGAGGUGACUUCACGGCAAGUGGACCAUGAGGUCCAUGAGGGCAGAUAACCUGUCACAUCCUGAUUCUGGAACCUGAGGGCUGCUGGGGAGGUGGUCUGGAGUAGAAGGGACCCGAGAGCCUGUGCUCACUGUUCUGAAAGUACAGCAGCCAAGCCCGCCUGACUUACAGCAGGAACCAGGAUGGGCCUGCAGGACGCCACGCACUUCUCCACAGGCUGCUUGGCUAUAGCAGAAAAUUUAAUAAAAAAACCCCUCAAAAAAC